CCGGGUUCUGGGACUGGAGGGCUAGGGGCGGUGGGGCACUGCCGCUGCUCUUGGUCCUCUCCUGCUGCUUGGCCAGCGACUCAGGUGCAGGUGCCCAAGCACUUGGGCCAUCCUCCACUGCCCUCCCGAGCCACAGCAGGGAGCUGAACUGGAAGAGAAGCAACCGGGACUAGAACCCGGUGCCCAUAUGAGAUGCCGGCGCCGCAGGUGGAGGAGUAACCAACUGGAAUUGAUGUCAAUGUGAUCAUGCUGCAGGAAUCCCAAGUUUAUACUCUGAAUGCCUGCCAACAAUUCUGUUAUAAAAAUGUGCUUAUCCCAAAAUGGCAUGACAUAUGGACACGGAUACAGAUCCGGGUAAAUAGUUCCAGAUUGAUACGAGUCACCCCGGUGGACAGCGAAGAGAAACUGAAGGAGCUAGAGCAGUUUAGUAUCUGGAACUUCUUUUCCUCCUUUUUAAAAGAGAAAUUGAAUGACACCUAUGUUAACGUGGGUCUGUACAGCGCAAAAACCUGCCUCAAGGUUGAGAUUAUAGAGAAGGACACCGAGUACAGUGUCAUUGUGACGCGGAGAUUUGACCCCAAACUCUUCCUCGUUUUCCUCCUUGGACUUUCGCUGUUUUUCUGUGGAGACCUGCUGAGCAGAAGUCAACUUUUCUACUAUUCCACUGGGAUGAGUGUGGGAAUCGUGGCCUCUCUACUGAUCAUCAUUUUCAUGCUGUCCAAGUUUAUGCCCAAGAAAAGUCCCAUUUACGUCAUCCUGGUGGGAGGCUGGUCCUUUUCUCUUUACCUCAUUCAACUAGUUUUUAAAAAUUUACAAGCGAUCUGGAGCUGUUACUGGCAGUACCUCUUAGGCUACGUCCUGACAGUCGGAUUCUUGAGUUUUGCAGUGUGUUACAAGUACGGGCCCUUGGAGAACGAGAGGAGUAUCAACCUGCUCACCUGGGCCUUGCAGCUGCUGGGCCUGUGUUUCAUGUACGCCGGCAUCCAGAUCCCACACAUUGCCCUCACUCUCAUUGUCGCUGCGCUGUGUACAAAGAACCUGGAGUACCCUGUUCAGUGGCUGUACAUCACCUACAGAAAGAUGUGUAAGGCCACAGAAAAGCCUGUCCCCCCUCGUCUCCUGACAGAAGAAGAAUAUCGGAUACAAGGAGAGGUGGAGACGCGAAAGGCUUUAGAGGAGCUUCGAGAGUUUUGUAACAGUCCAGACUGCUCUGCUUGGAAGACUAUUUCUCGAAUCCAGUCUCCAAAAAGAUUUGCUGACUUUGUGGAGGGCUCUUUCCACCUCACGCCCAAUGAAGUGUCCGUGCAUGAGCAGGAGUACGGGUUGGGGAGCAUCAUUGCCCAGGAUGAGGAGGCGUCCUCUGAGGAGGAGGGGGAGAACCCAGAGCCCCAGUGGCCCGCUCUCACGCAGAACAGCUUCCUGACCUAGGUGGCGCCUGGUGAUUUGUGUACACCGGCAGGAGCCCCAGUGGUUCGUGUUGCCUGUGCCAUGUGGUUCUUGCACUCCUCUGAGAGUGGGUGAGGUCAUGUGCAGAGGUUCCUACUGAAAUGAGAGACCUGCGGGUCUCCCUCGGCAGGCGGUCUUGGUGGUCUGUCUGUGGGAUCCCUGAGGACAGACGGUGGGGAAGACCGUGAACGCCACGCUGGUUUGCCUCUGUGGGAGGAAGCUGUGAGCCUGCUCUGUGUUCCCGAGCGGUUGGCUGGCCACAGCCGGCACAGCGUCCUAGCCCCCUGCGAAGGCUGACUCAGCCACUUAGUCCUGGCGCUGCGACUGGCCCUCCAGGAGCCGCCGUGCGUUCCCACCGUGGAGUGCACGGAGCACACACGUCUCAGCCUCCUUUCCUUCUGCUCUCAUUUCAGUGACGGACAUAAUCCUUGAAUUGGCUGUUUGGAGAGGAAAAUGAAUUUUUAUCUGUUUUAUUUUUAAAGUGAAUAUAUUUUUUAAAAAAUAUAACACACUCAUGUUCCAGAGCCAGCAAGUGCUCCAGAGUGACAAGCCCCACAGGCUGGAACAUACGUAUGAAUGCAGGUUAUGGGAAGCUGCACGAGGGUGAAUUCUUAGACAUAGGAGCUACUAAGUCCUGCUUGCCUCUAGGAACAGGCCUAGAGCUUUGUCUGGCGGGGAGGUCUCGGGAUUUUAUUAUGCCCGACUUGUGACUGCAUCUUAGAACAUUGGCGCUUCUCCCUGCCGGCUCUCCACGGCCCGCUGUGCCCCUGCAGGCAGGACUGUUCCCCAAGCUGCACGCUGCGCACAACUCGGAGCGUUUCCUCUCUGCCAGCCCCUCCCCUCUCCUUAGGGCAUCUUUCCUGCCAGCUGGGAGACGGGGUUUUGUGUAGGGGCUUCCAUGCUUUUUGCAGGUUGCCCAUUUUUCCUGCCGUUGGAUCCCAUGGAAAUCAAGAAAGUAUCUCUGUUUCCUUUGCCCCUCCUUGGUGUACCCAUCAUACCCAUUCCUUUCAGCCUUUGCUCACACCUGUUCUCCCCGGGAUCUGGCUCGUUGUGAGCCGCCAGCCUCUCUGGCAAGGUUGUUGAUGUGCAGCUGGCAGCUGUAGGACUACCACAGCGGGGGCUGCCAGCGGAGACCUCCAGGUUCUCUUCAGGAGUGGACACAUUUUCCUGUGAACUUGUCACACUGGCUCGCAGGCUGUUUCUGACCAGAGGUCCAUGCUGCCUUUAAUGACAGUGGCGUUAGUUCCUGAUUCUUUUGCCACUGUGAAAUACCCUUAUCACCCAGCAAUAUGCUUUAUGAGGGAGCAGAUUCCUACGUAUCAAUCAUUUGCUUGGGUCUGUCUUUGUGCUCUUCACCCUCAAAACUUGAAACUGGCUGUCACUGCUUCAGCUAGGAAGAUGGGCGCCAUGGCAGGUGCACAGCCUCAGAUGCGGGGGCUGCUGUGACCGUGCGGUGAGCAGGUGAUUUUGUUUUGAAAGCUGUAGUGACUCCUUCAUGUGAGCCAUUUAACGCAGACUUCUGGCUGGUUGAUGGUUUCCACUAGUGUUUCCCACAGCCUUAAACUGUCCCAAAGCGACAACUACCUCAGUUGAUAGCAGAGACAUACGGUCAGAAAUGGAGAGUGAGCAGUAUCUAGGCAAAUGGCAGGAGUGAAAGUGGCGGGGAACCUUUAUACCUUUGUGAAUUAUGUACAGGGUAAAAUUUUACUCUGAUACAAAGAGCUAUUAAAGCCUCUGUUCUUCACUCUGUUUAUAGAUCAGGACUUUGCAUAUGUGAACGUGAGUAGAUCUGAAAAAAUCAUUGAGCUGUGUAUGUGGUCUCAGGACUCCCUGGAGACUUGGUGCCUUCCCCAGGGGAGCUGCUUCAGGGGUGGUGGCUCGGCCCUGGGCUGCCUUUGCCGUCAUUUCUGUGAGACGCCAUGAAGUAGGGAAAGCGUCGUCUUUUUCUGGGUUUAGUAAAUGCCUUGUGAGAUACAGUUGCCGUCUCAACACCAGGUUUUUUCUCUGUGUUUGAACUUGGUGUGAGCAGAUUCCUCCCAGCGUGGAGGUUAGAGGACCAAGCCGCAGGCAGUGGAGAUGAGAGUGUGACCUGCAGCAGGAGAGGGCCCUCAGACAGUGAAGGCUGGGCCGCCUUGGUGAGCUACAUGUCCUUGGCCUGCUUGCUGCACGCCUCUACCCACGUGCUUCGGAGCUCCUGCUGCCCAGAGACUGCCGGGCUGGAAGCCUGUGGAGCGGCUCUCGUCCUCCUGGCCACUUAGUCUGCUGGCUCGGUCACUAUUUGAAGCCCCCGUUUAAUUUUCUUGGGCGGUUACAGCUCUUGCAAUUGCAGCACAGCCUCAGCUCUCAGACCCAUCUCAUCAGCAGGGAUUGACGGGAUAGGGGGGAGGUGAGCUGGACAUCGGAGCCAUGUCUGCCGCCACAUCAGCGUCUUGCCGUAAAUGAAGCCGUAAAUUGGCUCCAGGACUCAGGGUCUCAUCAGCAUUGGAAAUCUAUCUCCUCUUCUCAUUCCCACCCCCACCGAGUCUAGUAGAGCAUGGCUCCCAUUAAUGAGACACCAGGAGGCACCUGGCCCCAAACAGGUCCCUCUCACUUUCCCCCUCAUAUUGCUUGCAGGGAACUAAAGACACAGGGCUGAAAACCGGGGAAAUUAUCAACUUUGAUUCCUUCUAGUAAAUUCUGUCCACCACUGCCUCCUAUCAAAACCAGAUAAUUUCUCUCCUGUCUUUUCCCGCCCCCUCAUGAUUUUUGUGUGUGUUACAAAGGGAAUUUGGCUGCUGAAAGCUCUUUGGGCCCCCUCUGUUGCAUCAUGUGUUAGUGUGUCCCUCUCUCGGGCCAGCCCUCUCUUCACUGACUGCCUCGUUCCCACUUGGCGCAGGGGACAGUGGUUUGACGAAUGAGUGGGCCCAGGUAAGCCGGCUCGGCCCCCAGCUCCUGAGAGCCGCCCUGCGAGGGGCUUAUGUAGUUGCCGUCAACCUUACUAUUGUUCCAGGAGAAAAGAUGGGCUCAGAGGGAUGCCUGCAUAAAAAUGGUACCUAGCUGUGUACUCGUGACUCUCCUCCGAACUGAGCAGUGAAAGAUGAAGUAAGAGAGGAAAGGAAAUGGAAUGCCCUUGUAAUAUUCCUGUGGAGUCAGAUCUGACAUACGAGAUAAUACCUACACUGAAAUGCAAGGAUUCUGUCUGGACCAAGGAGAGGACAGCUUGACAGAUUUACUGUGCCCUCAGUGCUAGGCAGUGAAACCAAGUAACAGAUGAAAUAGCCAUCGCACAAGAGAAAUGCACCUCCACCUUUUGCUUCCGUUUCCAUGUGACAGAACUGAUUUAUCUUUUCCAGGGGAACCUGUGCAAUUGUGUGACCCAGAGGUGUCUUUUGGUGACUUGGUCUGUGGGUUCAGGUUGCUGUUGAAUUGGAUUCUAGACAGUUACUACUUUGAAAAGGAUGUUUGGUGCCUUACGUGACAGGAGCCAGAGCCUGCUGGGAUCAACAGCAGAUCCAUGCCAGUGUCAGCUUGCAGCUGUAGCUGGGGUGGGAGUGGUCACACAGACGGCCCACAUAUGGGGCUCUGGACGCUCACUGCCACCCCCAUGUGUGUCAUCUUUCUCGUUCACACCCUUGAUAACUUGAAGAUGGAGAAGUCGCUUUCUCCAGACUUGCCUACAGCGAGAGCAGCACUCAACUGUUAGCUCCUGCAGUUGCCACAGCUUUCUGUGUUUGUGGAAUUGGUGUUGAAAUAACAGGGCUAAGGAAAUAGGAAAUUUUAGCCUGUGGGUAAUGCCUUAGUGUUAUUUAAAUAAAAGAUUUGUCAUUUAUAUUUAAAAUAAAAGUCCACAGAUGUCUGAAAGAAAAUUAUCAGGGAUGGCUCUUUGCCGUGGGUCUCAUUUUCACCUUCUUUUAUGUAAGAAAAAAAACCCAACUUUUGUAUUUUUUCAUUUUUAUUGUAUAGUUUGUAAAUAAUCCCAAUUUUAAUAAAGUUUUUUAGACAGUACGUGGUGGUCUCUGC